AUGGAGCAUGAAGCUCUGGUAAGGCGAUAGGCAUACAUUGGGGAGGGGAGCGACAUUGUGGAGAGGGGGUUACCAUACCUGCAGUAUGGUAACGUUCCCAAAUUAAUCUGUCACUGCACUGGUUUUGUCUCAUCAUCUUUUUGUGUUUACAUUCAUUCUCAUUGACACCCAUCACCCAUGUCACGGUGCAUGUCUCCUCCUCACAUGUGAAGACCCCUUUUUUUUUAAUGACAUAGCCAUCUGUCAUUCCCCUGCUUCUGCUCUGGUCUCCAGGAACCUCAUCCACUGUGGACAUUACCCUGUGUUUUCACACACACUGUUGGAUUUGAGCAUCGGCCAUUGCUGUGUGUGUGUGUGUGUGUUGUUUUUGUCUUGUUUUCCAUCCAGAGUGGAAGGAACAUUGUGUAUUUCUUCCCUUCUUCAUCCAGUCUGUAACUACAUAAGCUUUCCAUUAGCUCUCAUUGGAAUAAAAUGAAUAGAUGAAUAGCCUGGUAUUGUAGUGCCUGCAGUAAUUUGUCCUUUAAAAUCAUAUGCAUGUGUUUCAAUACAGCUACCUGAUUGUAACCUACUUUCUUAAAGUGUCACCUUGCUUGUCAGUGGAUUUGUUGGAAAAUAGUGUAGGGCCUUUGGGCUCAUCUGAGACCUCUUUCACAUGCUAAUAAAAUGCUAAUAAAGCCUCAGUGGCCUGACUAGGUGAAUUAGGGUAGAGCUCACUGAGAGAUGUGUGGUGUCAAUUGUCUUCCCUGGUUCCUGUCUGCUGUGCUGGGGUUGGUGACAGUAAUGUUGUGAUGUCUUCCCAGUCAACAGGGGGUAAUAAUUAAAUACAACAAAUCUCCCCUCAGAAACAACUAGAUGUUUUUCUAUCCAAUGUAAACAGUCCACAGAUGGUUGUGUCUUUAAGUGAGAUGUUGUUACGAGGUUCAUCACUGAGGGAGAUUAGACCUCCAUUGUUUGUCAAGCUGCCUGCCACGUUGCAGGGUAGAAGUGGUAGAGUACCCCUCAGGCUUAUGUCAUGCAGCAUCACACCACUAGAUCAUACAUCACACAAGCUUCAAAAGGAUAGAAUGUGCCUGCCCCCCAUUGGUAGUUCAGAUUUUUGUACAAAGCAGGCGACUGUUGUGUUUUAUUAACUAAAAUACCUAAUAAUCAUGGUAUGCAUCAUUGUCUUAGGCCUAGCCAUCAUCAUCACCAUCAUUACCAUCAUCAGGGCAAUGUGUUAAGAUAUUCAUGUGAAUUAAAAUAUACACUAUAUAUACAAGAGUAUGUGGACACCCCUUCAAAUUAGUGGAUUCGGCUAUUUCAGCCAAAAUCGCCUGUCCUCGGUUGCAACACUGACUACUGAGUUCCAAACUGCCUCUGGAAGCAACGUCAGCACAAUAACUGUUCGUCGGGAGCUUCAUUAAAUGGUUUUCCAUGGCCGAGCGGCCGCACACAAGCCUAAGAUCACCAUGCGCAAUGCCAAGCAUCGGCUGGAGUGGUGUAAAGCUCGUCGCCAUUGGACUCUGGAGCAAUAGAAACACGUUCUCUGGAGUGAUGAAUCACGCCUCACCGUCUGGCAGUUCACCCCCAAUGCCCCAAUGGAUAGUACCAACUGUAAAGUUUGGUGGAGGAGAAUGGUCUGGGGCUGUUUUUCAUGGUUCGGGCUAGGCCAUUUAGUUCCAGUGAAGGGAAAUCUUAACGCUACAGCAUACAAUGACAUUCUAGACGAUUUUGUGCUUCCAACUUUGUGGUAACAGUUUGGGGAAGGCCCUUUCCUGUUUCAGCAUGACAAUGCCCCUGACCAUAUAGAAAUGGUUUGUCGAGAUCGGUGUGAAAGAACUUGACUAGCCUGCACAGAGCCCUGACCUCAACCCCAUCGAACACCUUUGGGAUGAAUUGGAACGCCGACUGCGAGCCAGGCCUAAUCGCCCAACAUCAGUGCCCAACCUCACUAAUGCUCGUGUGGCUGAAUGGAAGCAAGUCCCCGCAGCAAUGUUCCAACAUCAAGUGGAAAGCCUUCCCAGAAGAGUGGAGGCUGUUAUAGCAGCAAAGGGGGGACCAACUCCAUAUUAAUGCCCAUGAUUUUGGAAUGAGAUGUUCGACGAGCAGGUGUCCACAUACUUUUGGUCAUGUAGUGUAUAUAUUCUCACAUUUUAGCAUUUACAUGUACAGCAUGCACUGUGAAAACACUUUUUUUACUGAGAAGACAGUGAUGGGAAUGAGAUAUGUUUAUUAAAGCUAGAAUCCUUAGGUACUACAUCCAUUUUUGGUAUUAUAAAUUAAUGAUAUAUACCCAUUGAUUCUUAAAGAACAUAAUAUAUAAAUGCCUCAUGAGCUUAGUUCAACUGUCGUUCCCCAUCAGUACCCAAAAUAUACAGUAAACUUGUUUUACUCAAUGUUUAUAAACAAUGUAAAUGUAAACAAACACUGUAUAGCCUCCAAACAUGGUUACAACAUAGAUGGUCAGUCCUUGCAUCCAUAGCACUGUCUAUGAAUUUGAGAGUGGUUACUUCACAUCAAUCAUGGCAACCACCUUCUUUCUGUCUGUGCACUCUGUCACCCCUGCCUCCCCCCACCCCCUUCCCUGCUUAGCUGGAUAAAAGCGAAGUGACAACGUUGUGCCUGCCCCCCUCAGCCAGCCAUGGCGGCUCUGACAGUAACAUCAGCUUGGAUGGGGCCGGGGUGGGUGCGAGUGCCGGGGCAGUGGCCGGGGUGGGGGCUGAAGGUUCAGGGGUCGUCGAGCCUCAGCGAACGCGGCUCGCUCUGGAGCACCUGCAGCAGAAGAUCCUAAAGAUCACUGAGCAGAUUCGCAUAGAACAGGAGGCGCGAGAUGACAACGUAGCUGAGUACCUGAAGUUGGCCCACAACGCAGACAAGCAGCAGGCCUCGCGCAUCAAACAGGUGUUUGAGAAGAAGAACCAGAAGUCUGCACAAACCAUCGCCCACCUGCACAAGAAGCUAGAGCACUACCACAAGAAGUUGAAGGAGAUAGAGCAGGUGAGUGUGUGUGUUUUACCCUGACUGCUGCUUUCUGACGAGAUGAUACGUUGUCACUUUCUAGGUAGGGUUGGGGCGGUAUCCACAUUACCAUAUUGAUUACCAUAUAAUUUUAGCGGAAGUAGUGCCGAAACAGCGGGUAGUUGAAAAUACCUAUUUCAACGACUAGGUUAGUAAAAUACGACAUGAGAUGUCACUUACUCACUAUCUUGAGGAUAACACAGUGCCGCCGACGUGAGUAAGACAUUUAAACGUGUUAACCCUCGCAAGGCUGCCGGCCCAGACGGCAUUCCUAGCCGCGUCCUCAGAGCAUGCGCAGACCAGCUGGCUGGUGUGUUUAAGGACAUAUUAAAUCUCUCCCUAUCCCAGUCUGCUGUCCCCACAUGCUUCAAGAUGGCCACCAUUGUUCCUGUACCCAAGAAUGCAAAGGUAACUGAACUAAAUGACUAUCGCCCCGUAGCACUCACUUCUGUCAUCAUGAAGUGCUUUGAGAGACUAGUCAAGGAUCAUAUCACCUCCACCUUACUUGUCACCCAAGACCCACUUCAAUUUGCAUACCGCCCCAAUAGGUCCACAGACUAAUGAAAUCGCCAUCACACUGCACACUGCCCUAUCCCAUCUGGACAAGAGGAAUACCUAUGUAAGAAUGCUGUUAAUUGACUAUAGCUCAGCAUUCAACACCAUAGUACCUUCCAAGCUCAUCAUCAAGCUUGAGGCCCUGGUUCUCAACCCCGCCCUGUGCAAUUGGGUCCUGGACUUCCUGAUGGGCCGCCCCCAGGUGGUGAAGGUAGGAAACAACAUCUCCACUUCGCUGAUCCUCAACACUGGGGCCCCACAAGGGUGUGUGCUCAGCCCCCUUCUGUACUCCCAGUUCACCCAUGACUGCGUAGCCAUGCACGCCUCCAACUCAAUCAUGAAGUUUGCAGAUGACACAACAGUAGUAGGCUUGAUUACCAACAACGAUGAGACUACAGGGAGGAGGUGAGGGCUCUCGGAGUGUGGUGUCAGGAAAAUAACCUCUCACUCAACUUUUAAAAAACAAAGGAGAUGAUCGUGUACUUCAGGAAACAGCAGAGGGAGAACCCCCUAUCCACAUCGACGGGACAGCAGUGGAGAAGGUAAAAAGUUUUAAGUUCCUCUGCGUACAUAUCGCUGACAAACUGAAAUGGUCCACCCAUACAGACAGUGUGGUGAAGAAGGCGCAACAGCGUCUCUUCAACCUCAGGAGGCUGAAGAAAUUUGGCCUGUCACCUAAAACCCUCACAAACUUUUACAGAUGCACAAUUGAGAGCAUCCUGUCGGGCUGUAUCACUGCCUGGUACGCAACUGCACCGCCCACAACCGCAGGGCUCUCCAGAGGGUGGUGCGGUCUGCACAACGCAUCACCGGGGGCAAACUACCUGCCCUCCAGGACACCUACAGCACCCGAUGUCACAGGAAGGCCAAAAAAAUGAUUAAGAACAACUACCACCCGAGCCACUGCCUGUUCACCCCGCUAUCAUCCAGAAGGCGAGGUCAAUACAGGUGCAUCAAAGCUGGGACUGAGAGACUGAAAAACAGCUUCUAUCUUAAGGCAGACUGUUAAACAGCCAUCACUAGCACAGAGAAGCUGCUGCCUACAUACAGACUUGAAAAUCACUGGCCACUUUAAUAAAUGGAACACUAGUCACUUUAAUAAUGCCACUUUAAUGUUUACAUAUCUUGCAUUACCCAUCUCAUAUGUAUAUACUGUAUUCUAUACUAUCUAUUGCAUCUUAGACUAUGCCACUCUGAUAAUGACAUUGCUCAUCCAUAUAUUUAUAUAUUCUUAUACCAUUCCUUUACUUUGAUUUGUGUGUGUUAGGUUUUUGUUGUGGAACUGUUAGAUAUUACUUGCUAGAUAUUGCUGCACUGUCGGAACUAGAAGCACAAGCAUUUCGCUGCACUCACAAUAACAUCUGCUAACCAUGUGUAUGUGACCAAUACAUUUGAUUUUGAUUUAAAGAAAAAAUUGUAUAAUAGAAAAGCAAAUAAGAAUGAUUAUCUUUAUCUUUCAACCACUACACACAUUGAUUGCAGGUAUUUAUUUAAAAAGUACAAAUAUUGACAGUUUCCACGGUAUUGGAAAUCAUAUCUCCAGUAUUUCAAAAUACAUCGGUAUACAGUAUUAUCAUAUACCUGCCCAACCCUAUUCCUAAAUAGAUUAUCUGAUUGUUCGGUUUAGAUUGUUACCUCUUAUUGAUGAAGCAUGUGUUUAUGUUCUCCGAUCUCCCUCCUCUGUUGUCUCACCUUCACCAUUCCACUUUUAUUUCCAUCCCUUUCUCACCACUUCUCCAUCCAUAUAUCUGCUGCUCCUUCACAUCCUGUCAAUCUAUUUCCCUCCUCUUCCCACUGCCCCAUUUCUUUCAAUUUCUCCCUCUCAUCUUCCAUCCCCCGUCGUCCCUCCACCCUCCUUAUAGAAUGGUCCUGCCCGUCAGCCUAAGGAUGUGCUGCGGGACAUGCAGCAGGGGCUGAAGGACAUGGGAGCCAAUGUACGAGCAGGGUUCCAUGGCUUUGGCGGGGGUAUGGUGGAUGGGGUCAAAGGAGGGGUGGAAGGGGUCAAAGGAGCUGUGGUGUCUAAGCCACGGGAGUUCGCCAGCUUGAUCCGCAACAAAUUUGGCAGUGCAGACAACAUCUCCCACCUCAUAGAGGACGGGGUGGGAGGGCACUCGGAGGACGCGCCUGCUCAAAGAGCCCUGAGUGGCAGUGCCACCCUGGUCUCCAGCCCCAAGUACGGUAGCGAUGACGAGUGCUCCAGUGCCACCUCUGGCUCAGCCGUGGGCAGUCACUCAGGUUGGGCCGGGGGCGGAGGUGUGAUGUCGGGGCAGGGGCAGGCUGGCCUGGGGAGCCCCAGACUGGAAGGGCACCACCACCAUCACCACCACCACCACAUCCACAGCUCCUGGGAUGCGCUGCUGGAAGGCCUGCAGGAGAUCAAGGCCAGCCAGGCCCACAUGGAGGACGCCAUCGAGGACAUGAAGAGUCAGCUGCAGAGUGACUACUCCUACAUGAACCAGUGCCUACAGGAGGAGAGAUACAGGUACAGACCAACACCUAGGCCAAGCAUGGAAUGAGAGUUGGUGGUAUACAUUGUUCUCACACUAACUGCUGAACAAGCUGCUUUGCUUUUAGCUUGUUUCAGUACAGCAGUGUAAAUCAUGUUCAGUGUUUAUGCUGAAUGAUAUUCAUGAGGAUAAUUAAAUAGGUCAGGAAAACUGGUACAACAGGUUUGGUACAUUUCAAAUUUGGUCAAAAUCAGAAGUAGUUGUUUUAACAUAUCAAAUCAAUGUGACACCUUGAAAACGCCAUAAAUAUGUACAAAUCUUUCUCUAACUUGUUGAAUUGGUCUUCACUUUGCUGGUCUAAAUUAUACAUAAAUGUUUUAUCUAUCUUUCUAUUUAGGUAUGAGCGACUGGAAGAGCAGCUGAAUGACUUGACAGAGCUGCACCAGAACGAGAUGACUAAUCUGAAACAGGAGCUUGCCAGCAUGGAGGAGAAAGUGGCCUACCAGUCCUAUGAGAGAGCCAGAGACAUUCAGGUAGAGACCUGGAUUUACAGUAUAAGAUGUACUAAGAUUACACAAUACUUUUUCUGUAGAUAAGCACACAAGUAUGACUCCAGAAAUGAACCUUGUACCCGUAAUUCUGUUGUAACUGUGUGUUUGUGUAUACAUGUAGGAAGCGGUGGAGUCGUGCCUGACCCGCAUCACUAAGUUGGAGCUGCAGCAGCAGCAGCAGCAGGUGGUGCAGUUGGAGGGUGUGGAGAACGCCAACGCCCGCGCCCUAUUGGGCAAACUCAUCAACAUCAUCCUGGCACUCAUGGCCGUAGUUCUGGUCUUUGUCUCCACCCUGGCCAACUUCAUCACCCCACUCAUGAAGACCCGAGCGCGGGUCGCUGCCACGGUCAUGCUGGCCCUUUUCCUGUUCAUCCUCUGGAAGCACUGGGACUUCCUGGAGCUGUGGCUACUGCCCAGCUAAGCUCCCCUCAGCCAAUCACCCACUCCCGUGUCUGAGUGACCAGGAUGUGGACAGCGGGACCAGAUUGAUACACUAAGCUGCCCCAGACACACUAAAAGUCUGGAACUUAGUCAUAUUUCUGAAAGGGAACCGUUGCACUUUUUUCAUAGGGUUUAUGCUUGGAGAGUUGUACUUAUGAGUGUUGUAAGGCACAAAACCUUUUCUUUACAAAGCAACUGGAGAAGACUCCCUUUGGAUGGCAGAUGGUGGCCAUUUUCUGUUGAGUGAUGGUUGAGAGAGACUUUUUAGGAGGUGAUUUUAUGGUGAUUACCAUGACAAGGAACCUGAGAAACUAUUUGCCUGGUCGCUUGGCAACUCAAGCAUUUGCUCUUUCUCAUGACUAAUCUAGUGGCGUCAACUCACCAUCGUACUACUGUAGUCACUACGAUUUAAUUACAAUUUGAGAAUUCAUGUUGAAAUUGACACAUUUCUCUAAAAAUUUUAGUAUAGGCCUACACUUAAAAGUGAUAAUGGAUAGAAUAACAAAUUAUACAAAUUAUGCUUUGCUAAACCAUAUUUGCUGUUACAGUACCUUUGUAUUGAGCCAAUUGUAUAUUUGGAGGACAUGCUGAAUGUUAGGGUAUGUACUACUCAUGCAUGUCCUCACUUGUGCAUUUAUACCUGUGUGAUGCACUUGGCAUCAGUAACAUUCCAACACCAACAGAAAUACUUGUUACUCUUUUCUUACUAUUCUGUUGUCUAUAGACAGUUUGUACCUAAGUGUUCUUCUCCAUAUUAUUUCUAAAACAGUCAACUAAAUCACUUCUGGUGUUUAAACUACACGUUUUGGGUGCAUCAAUCGUUUUCAUCUCUUAUGUGUGAUGCAAAGAAGAACUUUGGAAGGCCAGGAAGUAUUCUGGUGAGAUGGAUCAUCACAACUACUCAAUUAUCUAUUCUGAGCAUCAAUGCCAUUUCAUAACCACUGUGGUAGAGCAGCUAAGAAUCUAUCUAACGUCAGAUCCACAGGCAUGUUUGACCAUUGCUUCCAUAUUUCUAUCCAGUUUGCUAAAUGCAUCACAUCUCUGUUGCAUUCGUAAUAAAUACAUUCUGAAACUAUAUGCUAAUGUUGCAUGAUAUUGGAAAGUCGGAUGGUUUUCAUGGAACUGUGUAUAUCUAACAGUAUCGACUACAGAGAGUAGAAUAAUAAUACUAAGUAAUCAGUGAUAACCUGUGAUCUGCAUCGUGUAGAAGUUACUACUAGUUUCAAAGACAGUUCCACAAUCUACAAAAUCUCAAUGUAACCCCCUUCUAAAUUGAAUUCCAGCCUGGUUCAAGCUAAAGGUUUUUUAUAUCAACUCCCUGUAGGAGACAGUUUGUUUAAGCUGUAACCUAUAAUAAGUGCAGCUUUUUACUAAUCGAGUUAUAACCUCCCUUGUGUCCAUCAUUUCAGUCUGGGCUGGGUUGAGUUUACACUUGGUUUCACAUCUAAAAAUACUGUAUGUGCUUACAGAAAUGCAGUGAAUAGCCUCUAGAAAUGUCUUCAGCUCCAGCUCAGCUGAUUAUUCAACUAAUCCAGUGGAUUACAGCAUUAUUUACACUUAACUGCCCCCCUCUCACUUUGUGACUGGGUGAGAGGUAACCGAUUGGAUUUCAAAUGGUUUGGGAAGGACCACACAUUUACAUUUUGGCAACAGAACAAACCUAAUAGUUCACUAUUCUUAGCAACAGUACAAAAUAAACUUAACUAUGGAACACUCAAAGGCUUAGACUGAGCCCUAAAAAAAAGAUGAUUUGUCAUGGUUUUGCCAGGUGCAGUAAAGGAGUAAAAAGGUCUUCAGUGAGGAUUUCUGUGGAAAGGCCUCAACCAUCAGACCCUGACAUAUCCUAAAAAUAUGUCAUGUAAAAUAGUCACAAUCCCCUAGGUGAGUUUCAUCAGCACAAAAGGCACCUCCUGGUGGGAAUAUGGAUAUUAUUUUGUUUCUUUUGUAAACUUGAUCAAGGGAAGUAUUCUUAGAUGUUCAAGGAAUUAUUCCGGCGGGCUAGUAGUCACUCGCAAAUCAAACUUGACUGAACCUGAAAAAGUUGUUCGCUCAGAAAACAGUAGCAUAUAGUGAGAACCAGAAAUUUAAGACAGCCAUCAAUGUAAGAGGUCAGCAGGUAGUACAUUACCAAAUCUAUGCACACAGAAAUGAUUUUCUUGUUUUUUAACAUUGUCUGACAAUUAUUGAUGAAGGGUUUUACAACGUCAAGGUCAUGACGUGAAACCAACUGACCUCAAAAGUAAGCAUUCAGUUUCCCUUUCAGUUCACAUAAAUGAAUUUUGUACACUGGACAAAAAUAUGAACGCAACAUGUAAAGUGUCGGUCCCAUGUUUCAUGAGAGGAAUAAAGUACCCAGACAUUUUCCAUACCACAAAACUAUUGUGCACAUGUUUCCACCAGACAUUUCUUGCCAGGUAUCCUUCACCUGACAGGUGUUAUAGAAUGGUCUGCCCGUCAGCCUAAGGAUGUGCUGCGGGACAUGCAGCGGGGCUGAAGGACAUGGGAGCCAAUGUACGAGCAGGGUUCCAUGGCUUUGGCGGGGGUAUGGUGGAUGGGGUCAAAGGAGGGGUGGAAGGGGUCAAAGGAGCUGUGGUGUCUAAGCCACGGGAGUUCGCCAGCUUGAUCCGCAACAAAUUUGGCAGUGCAGACAACAUCUCCCACCUCAUAGAGGACGGGGUGGGAGGGCACUCGGAGGACGCGCCUGCUCAAAGAGCCCUGAGUGGCAGUGCCACCCUGGUCUCCAGCCCCAAGUACGGUAGCGAUGACGAGUGCUCCAGUGCCACCUCUGGCUCAGCCGUGGGCAGUCACUCAGGUUGGGCCGGGGGCGGAGGUGUGAUGUCGGGGCAGGGGCAGGCUGGCCUGGGGAGCCCCAGACUGGAAGGGCACCACCACCAUCACCACCACCACCACAUCCACAGCUCCUGGGAUGCGCUGCUGGAAGGCCUGCAGGAGAUCAAGGCCAGCCAGGCCCACAUGGAGGACGCCAUCGAGGACAUGAAGAGUCAGCUGCAGAGUGACUACUCCUACAUGAACCAGUGCCUACAGGAGGAGAGAUACAGGUACAGACCAACACCUAGGCCAAGCAUGGAAUGAGAGUUGGUGGUAUACAUUGUUCUCACACUAACUGCUGAACAAGCUGCUUUGCUUUUAGCUUGUUUCAGUACAGCAGUGUAAAUCAUGUUCAGUGUUUAUGCUGAAUGAUAUUCAUGAGGAUAAUUAAAUAGGUCAGGAAAACUGGUACAACAGGUUUGGUACAUUUCAAAUUUGGUCAAAAUCAGAAGUAGUUGUUUUAACAUAUCAAAUCAAUGUGACACCUUGAAAACGCCAUAAAUAUGUACAAAUCUUUCUCUAACUUGUUGAAUUGGUCUUCACUUUGCUGGUCUAAAUUAUACAUAAAUGUUUUAUCUAUCUUUCUAUUUAGGUAUGAGCGACUGGAAGAGCAGCUGAAUGACUUGACAGAGCUGCACCAGAACGAGAUGACUAAUCUGAAACAGGAGCUUGCCAGCAUGGAGGAGAAAGUGGCCUACCAGUCCUAUGAGAGAGCCAGAGACAUUCAGGUAGAGACCUGGAUUUACAGUAUAAGAUGUACUAAGAUUACACAAUACUUUUUCUGUAGAUAAGCACACAAGUAUGACUCCAGAAAUGAACCUUGUACCCGUAAUUCUGUUGUAACUGUGUGUUUGUGUAUACAUGUAGGAAGCGGUGGAGUCGUGCCUGACCCGCAUCACUAAGUUGGAGCUGCAGCAGCAGCAGCAGCAGGUGGUGCAGUUGGAGGGUGUGGAGAACGCCAACGCCCGCGCCCUAUUGGGCAAACUCAUCAACAUCAUCCUGGCACUCAUGGCCGUAGUUCUGGUCUUUGUCUCCACCCUGGCCAACUUCAUCACCCCACUCAUGAAGACCCGAGCGCGGGUCGCUGCCACGGUCAUGCUGGCCCUUUUCCUGUUCAUCCUCUGGAAGCACUGGGACUUCCUGGAGCUGUGGCUACUGCCCAGCUAA